CUCCGCCAUGGCGUCCAACUCGAGCCUCGCGUUCGGCAAGUACGAGUGGAUCUGCUCUCGCGGCGCCCUCAUCGUCUGCCCGCUCCUCGGCGAGACCGACUACGGCAUCGAGCCCGUGUGCUACUCGCGCAAUGUCGAGUUUGGCCGCACCCUCGUCUUCCAGCCCGCGACGUCGUUCCUCCAUAUCUGCGCCCUCCUCAUGGUCGUCAUCAUGAUCCUCCACAUCCGGAGCAAGUACACGGCCGUCGGGCGCAAGGAGAUCUUGUGCUUCUUCUACAUGUACUUCCUCGAGGAGCUCCUCGCCAUCUUCCUCGACUCGGCCAUCAUUCCCCCCAGCUCGGACGUCUACGCCUGGUUCGCCGCCAUCCACACCGGCUUGGUGUGCGCAACAUUCUGGUGCCUGCUCGUCAACGGCUUUGUCGGGUUCCAGGUCGUCGAGGACGGCACGCCGACCUCUCUCUGGAUCCUGCAAGGCUCUUCGGCUGUCGUCGGCAUCGUCGUCGGCCUCAUCGCAAUCGGCACGUUCAAGGACGCGGCCGGCCUCUCGUCGGCGACCCCGACCGGCCUCUGGGUCCUCCAGUUCAUCUUCAACCUCGCGUGUGUCGUCAUCUACAUCGUCGCCCAGCUUCUCCUCGUGUGGCGCACGCUCGACGACCGGUGGCCGAUCGGCGACAUCUUGUUCGGCACGGGCUUCUGGAUCAUCGGCCAGGUUCUCCUCUACGGCUUCAGCAACCAGAUCUGCGACGCCGUGUCGCACUACCUCGACGGCACCUUCUUCCAUGCCCUGUGCACCCUGUUUGCCGUCAUGAUGGUCUACAAGUACUGGGACAGCAUCACCAAGGAGGACCUCGAGUUCUCGGUCGGGUCCAAGACGGCCGCAUGGGACAUCAAGGAGAGCCUCCUCGACGAGGACGACCGCUCGUACGGCCAGGGGGCCUACCCGCCGCAGAAGACCUACUCGUCGUACGGCUACUGAGCGGGCUCGUGCGCGUCGGUGCGAGGGGAAGGAGGGCGCGACGGCCUCACUCGAGCCGCCUAGAGGAUCGAGGCGAGGUGGCCCUGUGUAUACCCCUCCCCUACGGCGACUCGACGUUCUCCCGCCCUCGGUCUCCCUCCUCGACGACGUUUCCCCUCCCCUCUCACAGACACUCCCGCUCGUCGCCGACCUUGCCCUCUCUCGCUUCUCGGCCCCCUGGGCGCCGUGUAUGUAACGCUGCCGCACGACUCCUCGCGUC